AUGCCUCGCUGGACAAGAGACGAGCGCAAAGAGUCCAACAAGAAAGGCAACAUACUGACUGCACGAAUCGUUCCCGUUUUUCUACUCGGUCUCAUCGGCUACUCGUCGUACGUGGUCACGAAGCAGAUCUGUGUUGACUACCUCAUCCAACCACAUCUGCAUGGAUAUGUUCGACGAUCGCAACAAGGCGCCGCGAUCGCCAUACUCACAAUAUACUACAUCCUCUUGUUCAUCACGAUUGCAUGCUUCAUCCGCCUGAUACAGACAAUCACAGUGAACCCCGGCCUUGUCCCGCGUGGACCGCAAUACUUCGUCGAGAAAGAGAGGAAGAAGCAGGGCCAAAGUAGGACUCAUAAGGCGGAAGCACUAGAAUACGGCUCGACAGAGGGAUAUACGCCGCGCGCACUCCGUGGCGAUCGAAUCGAACGAGGAUACCCUGCGCAAAACUUCUGGCACAAAGAUGUAUUCGUAUGUGGUUGGGACGGACGCCCGCCCUUCUGCUCAACAUGCUACAACUACAAGCCCGACCGGGCGCAUCACUGCAGCGAACUGGGUCGCUGUGUGUUGAAAAUGGACCAUUUCUGCCCGUGGGUCGGCGGGAUCGUUUCCGAGACGUCAUUCAAGUACUUCAUCCAGUUCACCGGAUGGGCUGCUGUAUACACCUUGUGCACGCUGGUCUUUGUGGCAUAUUACUUCGCGAAGCGUCAUUCCGAGGUUCACUCGCUUAAUGUGCAUUGGUUGCUUGUCUUGAUAUUUGCAGCGCUGUUUUUUAUGUUCACCGCGGGCAUGUGCGGGUCGAGUUUGCAGUUUGCGUUUCUCAAUUCUUCGACGAUCGAAAACUUUACGCGCAAAACAAAAGUGUGGUAUUUGGCUGUGUAUGUCCCCAAAAGCGCGCUGGACAGGUAUAAUACGUCGGGACGCAGCGAUUUGCGGUUGAUAACGUACCCACGCCCGCCGGAGGAACAAUUCCAGGUCCUUGAACACGUCGGAGCGACGUUGAGUGGGAGCGAGCAGAGCAUUGCUCGCCGCGGGACGAACUUGUCAUCUCAAACUGCUGUGCCCCAGGCGACAUACGAUCCGCAGCAGCAAGAACCACGCCCAGAGCCCCAGGUCCCAUUUUCACACCCAGCUGUGGCAAGGGAGCAAGCGGUCGCGCGACCUUCUACAGCACCAGAGACGCGAACCUUUGCUAUCCUCGAGACCAAGCCCGGCGUGAACCCGUUCGACAUGGGCCCUUAUAACAACUUCAAAGAAGUGAUGGGCUACACUGUCUUCGACUGGCUCGUGCCGCUACGUCUCUCGCCCCUGGUUGAUCACAAGGAUCCAGUGGGCAUGUACAAGCUUGGCAACGUGGUGAGAAGGAUGGCCCGGAAGGCUGGAAUCACAGAGGACGAGGCUGGCAGUAAUGAUGAUGGGACGUUAGAGCAGGAAAAGCCGAGACAUAAGAAACGACGAAGGAGGCGGUCCAGUGCUCGUAGUGAAAAGGCUGCGGCGGUUCUGUGA